UUGUGUAACCUUUUCCUUUUCUCUUGAUUCCAGAGCUCCAACAUGGGAGGCAAACUGAGCAAGAAGAAGAAGGGCUACAAUGUAAAUGAUGAAAAGGUGAAAGACAAGGACAAGAAGGCUGAGGGGGCAACUGCCGAGGAAGGGGAGGCUCCAAAAGAGAACGAACAGAGCCAGCAGACCACCACAGAGACGGCCGAAGUGAAGGAGAACAACAAGGAGGAGAAGAGCGAGAAGGAGGCUGCCAACAAGGUGGAUGACAAAGAAGGGGAGAAAGACAAAGCAGGAAGCCAGGAAGAGGCCAAGAAAUCAGAGCCUGAGAAGCCAGAGGCAGUGGUCGAUGCCAAGGCAGAGCCGCCGAAGAGCAAUGAGCAGCAGGCGCCCAAGCAAGAGGAGCCCAGCUCUGCCGCCGUUCCUCCGGCCAGCAGUGAAGCACCGAAACCCUCAGAGCCCAGCAGUGAGGCAAAAGCUUCCCAGCCUUCAGAAGUCACCACUAGUAAAGGAGAUGACAAAGGCAAGGAGGAUGGGGACGCCAAAAAGACUGAGGCUCCAGUACCUGCAGCCCAAGAAACUAAAAGUGAAGUGGCUUCAGACUCAAAACCUAGCAGCAGCGCGGCUGCGCCUUCUUCCAAGGAGACCCCAGCGACAACAGAAGCACCUAGUUCAACUCCUAAGGCCUCAGAGCCUGCAGCCCCACAAGAGGAAGUGAAACCGUCUGAAGCUCCGGCAACUAUUUCGGAUCAAACCAUAGCAGCGAAAGAUUAAAUUUGGACAGCCUGUUGGGAAAAAAAAAAAUAACCACUUAAAACAACCUGUGUCUUUUUUUUAAUUUCCUCCCCCCCCCCAACUCUACUAACUUGUUUCAGAUUCGAAAUAAGAAAUAUGUAUUGCCCAUGAGGAAAUAAAAAAUAAAAUAAAAUAAUGGAUUGUCCCAUUCAGUUCAGCGGGAGGGAGGGAGGGAGGGUGGGAAAGGGGCUUGUGGUGGGGGCAGGGGUGGGGUAGGGGUGGGAAACCAAAUAGUAUUUUUGUGGGGGAAAUAUCUAAUAUACUUUCUGCCAAUUCUACAAAGUCCUGUAUUUCAAUCAGAUAUUAAAAUCAGAAGACAGCCCUGAUGUCUGAAAGUACAGUACUACUUCUUUUUUUGUAUCUGAACUGCUGCAAAUGCACUCCGCCAAUGUAUUCGAUGGGUUCUUUUUUCUCCAAUCAGGGUUUGGGAGUGAUGAGAUAAUUGAUUCUGCUCUCUGGGCCAGUGCCACAUGCCAAUCAGACCUUUAUCGAAGCAGUAUUUCCUAUGGUUUUGUUUUUACUUUACAGCCUUUUAUUAUUUUGUAUUUUUAUGCAGUGAAUGAAUGACAACUUUCAGACAAAAAAAUGUAGCUGUCCACAUUUUUUUUCUCGAUGCCAAUCCUCUGAUUCUUCUUCCUCUCCAAAUAUUUUUUGGGAGUUUAAAAAUAUUUAAAAGAAGCAUUCUUCAUCCUACUUAGCCUACCUAGAUUUCUCAUGACGAGUUUAAUGCAUGUCUGUGGUUGGGUGCACCUGUAGUUCUGUUUAUUGGUCAGUGAAAAUGAAAAAAAAAAAAGUCUGCGUUCUUUGCAGUUCCAGUUUCUCUUCCAUUCUGUGUCACAGACACCAACACACCACUCAUUGGGAAAAAAAAGAUGAAAAAAGCAAAAUGUACAAUGGAUGCAUUGAAAUUAUAUGUAAUUGUAUAAAUGGUGCAACAGUAAUAAAAGUUAAAUAAUUUAAAAACA